UAAUGUUUGUAUUCUCUCUGUACUCUUUUCUGAAAACAGAAUUUCACCGUUCAUUUCUUAUCUUCAUUGCAGACGAUACUCUCUUUAACUUGUUCAUUUAUGGACGUACAAUUGAUGAGAAAUUGGAGAAGAACGAAGGAGUUGUAUAAUUCAGUAUUAGUGUCUUAUGGUUGGAAAUGAUUCAUCUGGUUAUUUGUCAAGGAGACUCUAUGACUAUCUAUCCUGCAUCCAUUAAUUCAGAAAGACAUUAAUACGCCACUGCCUUCUAAUUUCUACCUAUGAUGAGUUCUCACUUAAGGUCAGACAAUGACUCUGCCAGAAACAACUAUCAAUAUUACAAUAGCUUUUCAGUGGCUGGGCUAAGUCAAUGGGGAGAUUAUUCUUCUAGGCAAGCUUCUCUUCAACAUGGAAGUUCUGGCAAGUCAGAGAUGUUGCACUAUCAGCCGAUGCAAGAGGUUGAGACCUGUUGCUUGCCUCAGAAUUUUCCUGUUAAGACUUCUCAUGAACAGUAUUGCACCCUGGAACCAUCCUCAGCAACUGGGAGUUACAAUGUUUACAACUCCCCAUCCACUCUCAGUUUCUCACCUAAUGGAAGUCCUUUAUCACAGCAAGAAACUCAUUCGUACCCAUCAGGCCCACAUCAUUCCCCUGACAACAACUAUGGAUCUCCAAUAAGUGGGUCCUGCAUAACAGAAGAUGUCAAUGACCUGAGACACAAGCUGAGAGAGCUGGAAACUGUGAUGCUGGGGCCUAAUUCAGAUAUCGUGGACAGCUUUGAUAGUAACUUCGAUGGUGGAGCCCAAGAACCAUCUUCAGAGAAAUGGAAACAAAUGGUAGAGAUGAUUCCCCGAGGAGACUUGAAAGAGGUGCUCAUUGCCUGCGCCAAAGCUGUAUCUGAUAAUGAUUUAUUGAUUGCAGAAUGGUUGAUUGCCGAGUUAAAGAAGAUGGUGUCAGUUUCCGGGGAGCCAAUCCAGCGGUUGGGAGCCUACAUGUUGGAAGGGAUCAUUGCACGGUUGGCCCAUUCAGGGAGUUCCAUUUACAAGGCCUUGAGAUGCAGAGAGCCUGCUAGUGCUGAGCUUCUCUCAUACAUGCACAUCCUGUAUGAGGUUUGCCCAUACUUCAAGUUUGGAUAUAUGUCUGCUAAUGGUGCUAUUGCAGAGGCUUUGAAGGAUGAAAACAGAAUCCAUAUUAUUGACUUUCAGAUUGGACAAGGCAGCCAAUGGAUCACCCUUAUACAGGCUCUGGCAGCUCGCCCCAGUGGGCCCCCAUACAUCCGCAUCACCGGUAUUGACGAUUCCACAUCAGCCUAUGCCCGAGGAGGAGGACUUAAGAUUGUGGGACAAAGACUCUCAAGGCUUGCCAAGUCAUGCAAUGUUCCCUUUGAAUUCCAUGCAGCAGCUAUGUCUGGAUGUGAGGUUGAGCCUGAAACCAUUUGUAUUCGUCCUGGGGAAGCUAUAGCCGUAAAUUUUGCAUUCAUGUUGCACCACAUGCCAGAUGAGAGUGUUGGCACUGAGAACCACCGAGACCGGCUGCUGAGAUUGGUUAAGAGCUUGUCACCCAAGGUGGUGACGCUUGUGGAGCAAGAAUCGAACACCAAUACUGCUCCUUUCCUGCCACGUUUCCUUGAGACUCUAAACUAUUAUACAGCUAUUUUUGAGUCAAUCGAUGCCACCCUCCCUAGGGAUCACACGGAACGUAUCAACAUAGAGCAGCACUGCCUGGCACGUGAUGUGGUGAACAUCAUAGCAUGUGAAGGUGCUGAAAGAGUGGAACGUCAUGAGGUUCUGGGGAAGUGGAGGUCGAGGUUCACAAUGGCUGGGUUCACUCCAUACCCAUUGAGCUCAUUGGUGAAUGCCACCAUCAAGUCUUUGCUGGAAAAAUAUUGUGAGAACUAUAGACUUGAGGAGAGAGACGGUGCUCUCUAUCUUGGCUGGAUGAACAGAACUUUGGUUGCAUCCUGUGCAUGGAAGUGAAUAUUGGAACAGGACCUACUCCUGCUUUACAAUAUACUUCUCAGGCCAGGUAAAACCUGUAAUUUUUGUUACCUUGUACUAGUUUACAAACAUGGGAAGUGUUAGAUUAUAUAGUAUAUAGUAAUCCAUAUUAGCUGUUCCUGGAAUGCCAUCUCCUGAAGUAGCUACUUAAUCUGAAAUUUUGGUAUAGAGCAUCAGUUUUGGUAUAGUACUUGCAUUAAGGGAUAUAGCAUAGACUGUCUACUUGAUGUUUUGUUGGAUAAUUACACAUCCCAUACCC